UUCUCUGUUCUCCUGCGUACCUGACUCACCCGAAGACUGGGCAGAGUGGGCUGAAGCCGCUCCGCUGUGGAGAUAUUUGUUCCAGCGGCCGAAACGAGAGUUGCGUUCCGUGAGAGCGACUACCGCGACUUUACCGCUCGGCGCAGCCUCUUUCCUCUUCACGUAGUUCUGGAGCUGCGAUGGUGAACAGCAGGGUGGAGGUUCCCACGGUGGCAGUGAUGGGCGGCGGGGCGACGGCGGGCAGGUCCUGUGCAGGAUGUGGAGGGCGAAUUGCUGACCGUUUCCUGCUGUUCUCCAUGGAGCAGUACUGGCACACGCGCUGCCUCAAGUGCUCGUGCUGCCAUGCUCAGCUGGGCGAGUACAGCAGCACUUGCUACAGCAAAGGAGGGAUGAUCCUCUGCAAGAACGACUACAUCAGGUUGUUCGGACACAGUGGAGCCUGCAGCGCCUGUGGACAGUCCAUUCCUGCCAGUGAAAUGGUCAUGCGCGCCCAAGGAAACGUCUACCACCUUAAAUGUUUCAUCUGUGCGACCUGUCGGAACCGGCUGGUACCAGGCGACCGCUUCCACUACAUCAAUGGCACCAUCUUCUGUGAACACGACCGGCCCGGGGGAGGUUUGCUCAGCGGACACACGACCCCCCUGCAGGCCAACAGCAUGAUAUCCGACCAGAAGGUCUGCUGAGGAAGACAGUGGGAACCGAAACAUGUGCCUUCUCCACCUUCCACCAUCAGCGUCGCCCUUUACGUCUGCCUAAGGGAAACUGUUGGAAUUUCAAGACUGUUGGAAUUUAUUUAUACCGUCACUUGUGUUUCUUGUGAACCGUAGCUCUGCUAUCCAAAAGACAUGGUAACAGGAAAAAGCAAAGGCCUGUGUGUCAUUGCUGAAUUCCAUGAUUUCUAAUGGAAUCAAUCCCCAGUGGACGCUGAAGAUGUGCGACACUCAAAGACUGAUGUUUGACGUACAACAUUAGAUGUGUUUUUAACUAAGAUGAACACAUUAUAUGUUAGUCCUUGUUGACAGUAAAUGUGCGUGAUGAACAUUUCAUUUACCCUUUUCUGCACAAGUGAUAUUAACCAUGUAAAAAUAAAUAGAAAGCCAUUAGCGAUGAAGCAUUUACCUCACAUAAUGUGUGGACAAAACAUGGCAGCGAACCUGACGUCCUUUUCUGCAUUUGCAGUGUCAUUUUCUUUCAUUUUUUUAUGUCCAUAUAUCUCAGUCAUAUUUAGAGUCAAGCAGAGGAAACCACUUUCUAUGUGGAAAUAUUAUUGCCGCAAUAUUCAGACGACUGUGUUGUUUCCGUGUUUAAAGAGAAGAGCGCCAAUCCAUCAACCACAAUUCAAGCUACGUUACAUUAAUCUGGUCGUGGCUUGCACUGUAAUAAUCCUACGAUGGAGUACUUGAAAGUGCAAGACUAUGGUCAAAUGAAAUUUGGCCAAACAGAUGUGUCACUCAAGUCUUGGGGGUGAACUCUGAUCUGCUAUGUCAUGUUUUUAGAGUUACAAAUGUGUUUUUGAAAUGGAAUGUCAAAAAAUGUGUGCUGAUUUAAUGACAAACUGAUCAACUCCUGCUACAGGAGAGUAGAAGAAGUGUCAACAGUAAAUUCCGAAAAGGAGGAGAUGAAGAAAGUGGCUUACUGUGGUCCUGAAAGACUUCCGAUUGGUGUUUCAGGAGAAAAACUGGCCUUGCGACCUUGUAUUGCAACAAAUAUGACAUGUUAACAGAAAUUAUUUUAGCUUUGUAAAGUCACAAAUUCCUCUUUUAUUCAGCUUCAAAGGCGUGUCCUUGUUGGUCAUGAGUCAGCCCCAGCCAUUGUACAUCUAGCAUCAAGACUGAAAAUGUUUCUCCAAUUCAAAACUUCUGUUUGAACUCUUCCCAUGAUGCAUCUCUGCAGACUAACAGUGCCAUCAACUGUUAGACAUGCCACUGACAUCCUGGUUUGUUUUUUUCAGCUAUGAAUGAGAUGAAUUUGAUGAAAGCGAAAAGAAAAUAUUGAAACUUGUUCAGUGAUUAUUGAGAAUGGAUUGUUGUCAGAUCAACCCCACUAUUUCAUGCUAUUCAUACCUAAAAGUAGGACAUCCAGCUUUAAUUCUAGACAAGUAGCGCAUUAAUGUCUGAACACAUGGAUGGAAUGGCUUUUGGAAAUGUGGCCGUGCUCAAGUGGCUCAGGUAUUCCUCGACGGCGGAGGCCCCGGGGCAGACCCAGGCAUGCUGGGGAGAUAACUGUUUGAAGGGCUGGAGGAGGUCUCGGGUGAAAGGGAAGGUCCUAGCUAGUCCCUGCUGCCCCCUCGACCCGACGUCAGAUAAGCAGAGGGAAAUGGACUGAAACACUCUUGUUGUCUCUCAAAAGGGCCGUCACCUACUUGUUUUUAAGGAUGAUCAGGCUAAAGCUACAUGAAGAGAGUGGAGUUCGCCGAAUGAAAACGAAGCACUUGCAGUUCUCAGACAAACAUGGCUGAUUACCCACAGGAAUGGGAUUUCAAAGGCCUAAGCCCGGGCCAUUACAGAAGCAAUUAAAGUGGGAUGCACUGGAGGCCUGCGUGGGCUUUAGCCGCACUCCAGUGUCGCAGACUAAUGAGGCCUAAUCUGGUGAGCUGGUCUAAUUAAAAGGGAGGGAGCUGUUUCCUGUGGGGACGCAGUAGUUUCGGGCCUGCGUCGCCGUCCACGGGAUAAAAAGGAAUAAAUGCUUUUGUCAAACCGAAGGAUUCAUUUUCCCUGCUUUUGCCUCUCAAAUAAAGCG